UAACAAAGAUCUCCACCGCAGCAGGGAGGUUAUCUCGCUUCUUCGAACACAACGACCGGCAGCUGCAUCUAUCGACGGAGGUAAGAAGAAAUGGUUAAGCAUAACAAUGUUGUGCCAAACGGGCACUUCAGGAAGCAUUGGCAAAACUAUGUCAAAACCUGGUUUAACCAACCUGCCAGAAAAACCAGGAGGCGCAAUGCUAGACAUGGUUCACUCCGUUCAAUCGUCCAUGGGAAAACACUGAAGUACAACAUGAAAGUCAGAGCAGGAAGAGGGUUCUCACUUGAAGAGCUGAAAGCUGCUGGUAUUCCGAAGAAGUUGGCCCCAACUAUUGGUAUUGCAGUGGAUCAUAGGCGAAGGAACAGAUCUCUUGAAGGCCUUCAGACCAAUGCCCAGAGGCUCAAGACCUACAAAGCCAAGCUGGUGAUCUUUCCCAGGCGUUCUAACAAAUUUAAGGCUGGUGAUUCAACUCCCGAGGAACUUGCAAAUGCAACACAAGUCCAGGGUUCUAUUUUGCCUAUUGUCCGGGAGAAGCCUAAUGUUGAAUUCGUUAAGGUUACUGAAGAGAUGAAAUCGUUCAGAGCUUAUGACAAAUUACGUCGUGAGCGCGUGAAUAAGCGACACCAUGGUGCUCGUCUGAAGAGGGCAGCAGAGGCAGAAAAAGAAGAAAAGAAGUAAUCAGCCCAGCUGCUUACUUAUUUAACGUUGUUUGUUUUGGAUUUCACCCACAUCAACAGUUUUGAUAUUUUUACCCGUCAUUGAGGUUGUGGAUCCCCCAAACUAAUCACAAUUUGUUAUUCUCAGACAUUUUCAGUUGCUUUAGAAGUGGACCGAGCUA